AUAGCAUUAAAGGCCAGUGACAUUAUACUAUAGCUACAGUUAGGUUGUUGCUUCUCUGAACAAGAACUUUUGCUUGAACCACCCGGUGAAAAGAAUGUCAAGAAGAAAUGUCCUCAUUACAGGUUGCUCCUCAGGAAUUGGACUGGCAUUAGCUGUGAAAAUGGCAAAAGAUGAAGAGAGAAGAUUUAAAGUGUAUGCCACAAUGCGGAAUCUGGCCAAGAAAGGGCCGCUCGAGGAGGCUGUAGGUCGCAGGCUGGGCAAAACCCUUGAAAUUAAACAACUGGAUGUCUGUGAUGAACAGUCUAUUAAAACUUGUGUGAAUAGUAUCCCUGACAGAAGGAUUGAUGUACUAGUUAGCAAUGCUGGAAUGGGACUCAUUGGACCUAUUGAAUGUCAAACCAUAGAUGAAAUGAAAACUGUGAUGGAUACCAACUUCUUUGGACUGGUUCGACUCCUGAAGGAGAUUUUGCCUGACAUGAAGAGGAGAAAGAGCGGGCACAUAGUUAUUAUAAGCAGUGUUAUGGGAAUACAAGGUAUCUUAUUUAAUGAUGUUUAUGCUGCAUCUAAGUUUGCCGUGGAAGGAUUCUGUGAAAGUUUAGCUAUACAAGCACUGAAGUUCAAACUGCAGUUAAGUUUGAUUGAACCAGGCCCAGUGAUUACAGAGUUUGAAAAAAAAGUGUUUGAAGACGGAAUGAAAAUGGAUCUUUCAGCUGCAGAUAAAGAAACAGCUGAGAUGUUUACUAAUAUUUACCUUAAAAAUUACAAACAAAUUUUCCAGAGCCUGGGACAAAGUGCUGAAGAUGUUGCAGAGCAUACAGUAAAGGUAAUUCUUUCAGAAAAUCCCCCUUUUCGCCAUCAGACCAACACCUUGUAUACGCCGAUGACAACUCUGAAAUAUGCAGAUCCAAACGGAGAUCUACCCAUUGAUAUAUUCUACAAAAUGGUUUUUCAUCAUGACAAAAUUUUCAGUGCAAGUCUUAACUUUAUCAAAUUGCUGAGGUGGAGAAGUAGAAGGAGCUUUGACCUGGGAAAAGUCUCACAAUAAGAUUAUAUAGUGCAGAUUGGAAUUACUACUUGUAGCUAUGGAUAAUGCAGUAUGUUGUUAUCUGAAUGCCUUUGCUCUGUAGUUCUGAAAAGGGAUUUAAGAUGUUUAUUUGAGCUUAGAUAAGAUAUUCAGCUCAACAUGUUUAUCUUGAACUUUACAGUUCGCAAAACCUUGAAACUAAAAUCCUCUAACUAUGGAUUUAUUCUGUUUAGUGUUUGCUUUUUAUAGAGGUCUGUUUUCAAGGGAACAUGAAUACUGACUGCUACUUGCAUAUUUGAUAUUAACCUGAUCCCCUUCACUUAUUAGAAUAUAAUUUAUACAGAUGUGUGCUAUAUGUAAAUUAUUUAGAUUCCUAAUAUAAUUAUUUUCUUAUUAGAAUUUGUCUAGUAAUCCCUCAAUCACAACUUACUUUCAGAAAUCAAGUCUCUACUAGUAACAUAAGAGAAAGUCUCAUCAAUCUUAAAAUGUCACAACUAGAAUAUAACAUAUAUAUGAGAAUUAUAAAUAAUAUUCUGAAUGGUUCCUUUAUAUGCAAUGGUUACUGGCAUAUUACACAUAGUGGACAAUAAACCUUUUUUUAAAAGCAUCUCAAAGUCAAGUAUCUUCUUACUGU